CUGCAGCCGGAGCAGCUGGACUGUGGUGCUGCACACCUCCAGCACCCGUUGGCCAUCGUGAACCCUGUCACAGCCACCACCAUCUGCGGCCUGACCGCCGUGGCCGUGGCCAGCGUCAACAACUACACCGUCGUGUUCCUGGGCACGGCCAGCGGAGGACUCCUGAAGAUUAACCUGGACAGUACCAUGAAGGUUAUUAGCAGGAGAUCCAUUUCGGUGGCUUAUGGAGAGCCUGUCCACCCCAUCAUGCAGUUUGACCCUUCUGAUCCCACCUACCUCUACCUGAUGACCUCCUACCAGAUGAUGCGGGUGAAGGUGGCUGCCUGCAGCCAGUACUCGACGUGCAGGGAGUGCCUGGCCGCGGCCGACGCCUACUGCGGGUGGUGCACGAUGGAGACCAGGUGUUCUCUGCAGCACGAGUGCACCAACUCCACGGGGACCAACUUCUGGGCGAGUGCGAGUGAAGGAGUGCAGCAGUGCCCCUCCAUGACCAUCCUGGAGCCCGAGAUCAAUAUUGACAAGGAGAACCCGGCCCUGAUAAUACAAAUAAAUGGAACUAUCCCAAACCUGAAUGGAACAAAUAUUUCGUGUGACUAUGGAAACAACAUCCACACUGUAGCCAGAGUCGCUGGGGAUUAUGUAAACCAAUUUAUUUACUGCAGUUUGCUCCCACGUGAGAAAUAUCCAGCAUUUCCUGAUGACCAAGACCACGUGGUCGUUGAGACUGCUCUCCGGGUCAACAGCAAAAACAUUAUCCGGGCCAAUUUCACCAUCUAUGAUUGCAAAAGGACUGGAAACAUCCACCCAAGGAGAGCGUGCACCAGCUGCCUCUCAGCCAGGUGGAAGUGUCACUGGUGUCCCUCCACCUACACCUGUGUCUCCAACCACUCACAGUGUGACGAUGCGAUGCGGAUGAAGAAGACAAUUGACUGUCCCCGAAUCGUACCUACCACGUUGGAGCCGAUGCCCACGGGAGUGUCUCGGGACAUCAUGAUCUCACUGGCCAAUGCGACUUUCCCUAAGGAGGCAGCUCUGGAGUGUCAUUUUGGGACAGACAGGACGUUUGAAGCCCGGUGGGUGAACUCCUCUGCUGUGGAGUGCGUACAUGUGCUGCUCCACACAUCAGAACAAAGCCAUCACUUCCCAGUGAAUCUGCAACUGAAGGACAGACCAGACCGAUUUAUUGACAGUCCAGAGAUGAUGACAGUGGAGGUGUACAACUGUGCGACCGGCAGUGCCGACUGCUCCCAGUGCCUGGGGAGGGAGGACCUGGGGCACCGCUGCCUCUGGAGUGAGAGCAGCUCCAGCUGCAGGCUGCACACCGAGCCCCCCCAGGUGUCUGACAUCUGUCCCCCUCCUGAGAUAAGGAAGGUAAGACCCAAAAGCGGGCCCCUGGAGGGAGGCACACUGCUGACCAUCCGCGGGAGGAACCUGGGCCGGCGCUUCAGCGACGUCCUCGGCGCCGUGCGGGUGGGCGGCGUGCACUGCGCCCCGCUGCCCGACAGAUACGUCGUCUCUGAGACGAUCGUGUGCCAGACUGGAGAGGCUCAGGAGGAGUUCUCAGAUGUGGUAACGGUUAACGUGAGCCGGGAAGGCAGGUCCAGGGAGCGAUACUCCUACGUGCUUCCCCUGGUGCAGUCCAUAGCUCCAGUGAAUGGCCCAAAGGCAGGAGGAACCCGAGUGACCAUCAGAGGCAGCAGGCUGGAUGUCGGCUCAGAACUCCGCGUCCUCAUCAACUCCUCCAAGCAGUGCACAGACCUCAGCCGCACCGACAGCACCAUCACCUGCACCAUGCCCGCCGCGGCGCUCACCGCCGCCGUGCCAGUCUGCGUGCAGUUCGAGAACAAGUCUUGUGCCAGCCACAACAUCACCUUCAAGUAUGAGAAGAACCCGGUUAUAUCAGACAUCAACCCCAAAAAGAGCCAGAUCAGUGGGGGCAGGAUCAUCACCCUGGAAGGAAAAGGCUUUGGGCUGGUCCAGAACGUGUCCAUGGCUGUCCGUGGCAUCGGCAGAGAGCACACGCGCUGUAAGGUUCACACCGACACCAUGAUCACCUGCCCCUCUCCAGCUGCCACCAACAUCACUGUGGGGAGCAAACCAGCCCCCGUGGAUUUCUAUCUCAACGGGCGCCUCUAUGCAGACGACCGCCCAGCUCUGGACGAGGAGAUGUACCCCGAGGAGGCUCUGCACAUCAGCAAGUUCAGCCUCGAGUACUACGCUGACCCCCAGUUCUUCACAGCCAAGAAGGAGAAGUGGAUCAAGCACCAUCCCGGCGAGCCCUUAACUCUGGUCAUACACAAAGAGCCUGACAGCCUGGGCCUGGAGAGCAAUGAGUACCAGGUGAAAAUUGGCCUAAUCUCAUGUGAGAUCCAGAUUGUUUCAGACAAAGUCAUCCACUGCUCUGUCAACGAGUCGCUGAGCACCUCGGAAAGGCAGUUACCUGUGACGAUCCAAGUUGGAAAGUUCAACUACACAAUUGCUAUGCUGCACCUUGGGGGCGGAGAGACUGCGAUCAUCGUCUCCAUCGUCAUCUGCAGCAUCCUGCUGGUCCUCUCUGUCGUAGCCCUCUUUGUGUUCUGCACAAAGAGCCGCAGAGCCGAGCGCUACUGGCAGAAAACUCUGCUCCAGAUGGAGGAGAUGGAGUCGCAGAUCCGGGAGGAAAUCCGCAAAGGUUUUGCAGAGCUGCAGACAGACAUGACAGACCUGACCAAGGAGCUAAACCGAAGCCAGGGGAUCCCCUUCCUGGAGUACAAGCAUUUUGUCACCAGGACAUUCUUCCCCAAAUGUUCCUCGCUCUAUGAGGAGUGCUACAUCCUGCCAUCCCAGCAGCUCAGCUCCCAGGUGGGCUCCCAGGUCCAGGAAACCCAUCCACUCCUGGUGGGGGAAUGGAAGAUCCCUGAGAACUGCAGACCCAAUAUGGAAGAAGGAAUCUCGCUGUUCUCCACCUUACUCAACAACAAGCACUUCCUCAUCGUGUUUGUCCACGCUCUUGAGCAACAGAAGGACUUUGCUGUCAGAGACAGGUGUAACCUGGCAUCCCUGCUUACUAUUGCAUUGCAUGGGAAACUGGAGUAUUACACCAGCAUCAUGAAGGACCUCUUGGUGGAUCUAAUAGAUGCUUCAGCUUCCAAAAACCCCAAGCUGAUGCUGAGGAGGACGGAAUCUGUGGUGGAGAAGAUGCUGACCAACUGGAUGUCCAUCUGCAUGUACAGCUAUCUCAGAGCUAUCAAACAGCAGAUUAACAAGGGUUCCAUUGAUGCCAUUACGGGGAAAGCCAGGUACACCCUCAACGAGGAGUGGCUGCUGAGGGAGAACAUAGAGGCAAAGCCAAGGAACCUCAACGUCUCCUUCCAAGGCUGCGGGAUGGACUCCCUGAGCGUCAGGGCCAUGGACACGGACACACUCAGCCAAGUGAAGGAGAAGAUUCUAGAGGCCUUCUGCAAGAACGUGCCCUACUCCCAGUGGCCAAGGGUGGAAGACGUCGACCUCGAGUGGUUUGCCACCAGCACCGACAGCUACAUCCUGCGGGACCUGGAUGACACCUCGGUGGUGGAGGAUGGCAGGAAGAAGCUCAACACAUUAGCACAUUACAAGAUCCCUGAAGGGGCAUCCCUGGCCAUGAGUUUGUCAGACAAGAAGGACACCACGCCGAGCAGAGUGAAGGAUUUGGACACUGAGAAGUACUUCCACUUGGUCCUCCCAACCGACGAAUCGGUGGAACACAAGAAGUCUCACAGACAGAGCCAUAGGAAAAAAGUCCUUCCAGAGAUCUACCUGACCCGGCUGCUCUCCACCAAGGGCACACUCCAGAAGUUCUUGGAUGACUUGUUCAAAGCCAUUCUCAGUAUCCGAGACGAUAAACCGCCCGUGGCCGUGAAGUAUUUCUUUGACUUCCUAGAGGAGCAAGCAGAGAAGAGAGGGAUCACAGACCCUGACACUCUGCACAUCUGGAAGACCAACAGCCUGCCGCUGAGGUUUUGGGUCAACAUCCUGAAAAAUCCCCAGUUUGUCUUCGACAUUGACAAGACUGACCACAUCGAUGCCUGUCUGUCUGUGAUUGCCCAGGCCUUCAUCGACGCCUGCUCCCUGUCCGACCUGCAGCUGGGCAAGGACUCCCCGACCAACAAACUGCUGUAUGCCAAGGAGAUCCCUGAGUACAGGAAGAUAGUGCAGCGAUACUACAAGCAGAUCCACGACAUGCCCCCGCUGAGCGAGCAGGAGAUGAACGCACACCUGGCCGAGGAGUCGCGGAAAUACCGGAAUGAGUUCAACACCAACGUCGCCAUGGCUGAGAUAUACAAGUAUGCCAAGAGAUAUCGCUCCCAGAUCGUGGCCGCCCUGGACGCCAACCCCACGACGAAGCGCACGCAGCUGCAGCACAAAUUCGAGCAGGUGAUCGCGCUCAUGGAGGAUAACAUCUACGAGUGCUGCAGUGAGGCCUAG